AAACAUCAUCAUAUAUCUGUCCUCUUGGUUCGUUUCUACCAUCAGAAAGUUUGUCAUCAAGGACGACAUUUCACGGAAGGUUCGGUACGUUCAGCAGGGUUUUGGAUAGUUGGGUCCAAACGUCUCAUUUCUUCUGAAAUUGCAAAGUGUACCGUGUGUCGUAAGUUGAGAGGUCACUUAGGGUGGCAACACAUGGCGGACUUACCUGUAGACAGACUCAAACCAGCACCUCCAUUUUCGUAUGUUGGGGUCGACGCAUUCGGGCCCUGGCCGAUUGUGUACCGUCGUACUAGGGGAGGUGCCGCGAAUCAGAAACGUUGGGCCCUGUUAUUUUCUUGCUUAGUAACUAGGGCAAUUCAUAUUGAAGUGAUUGAGGAGUUAUCUAGUUCGUCCUUUAUCAACGCUCUCAGGAGGUUUGUGGCUAUCCGUGGUCCAGUAGUGCAGUUCAGGUCCGACCGUGGCACUAACUUCGUCGGAGCUAUAGAAGACCUUUCCAUUGAUGCUAAGUUCAUAGAGAAGCCUCCUGUGGUUCAGUUUCUCUCAAGGUCUAAUGCCAAGUGGAUAUUCAACCCUCCCCAUGCCUCACACAUGGGAGGAGCAUGGGAGCGUCUCAUCGGUGUGUCGCGCCGGAUACUCGAUUCGAUGCUUCUUCAAAACAAACACAAAGAUCUAACACACGAAAUCCUUGUGACUUUUAUGGCUGAGGUGUGCGCCAUAGUAAACAAUAGGCCUUUACUUCCUGUGUCAAGUGAUCCUGAAUCACCUUGCGUCUUAACACCCUCAUCUCUGCUCACCAUGAAAACCGCGGCCGACAUAGGACCUUUUCCUCUUUUUGGUCAGAAGGAUAUGUUGAAAUCGCACUGGAAGCAUGCACAAGUUCUUGCAGAGGAAUUCUGGUGUAGGUGGAGAACGGAGUAUUUGCAAACUCUCCAGACUCGUAAAAAGUGGACUAAGGACUGUCGCGAUGUUAAGUCUGGUGAUGUGGUUCUCAUGAAGGAUCAGAACUGUAGUCGUAACGAGUGGCCGAUGGGCAUUGUUGAGAGAACUUUUCCUAGUGAAGACGGGAGAGUCAGGAAAGUUGAACUGACUGUGGUAAAAGACGAUAAGCGUGUUUCGUAUGUUAGGCCUGUGUCACAACUCGUCACAAUCUUAGAAGUGAACUAAACUUAAUUGUGCUAGUUGUCGUAUUUUGACUUUUCUUAAAUUCCUUGAGUGUUCUAAAUAUUGUAAGUGAUUUCAGGUAGAAAUCAGAGGGGGAGUGUAGUGACUCUGUUACGAGUUCCGGAAUUCCGGCUCCGCGCCGGUUCGCAGCAGGCUUUUAUUUUAGUUACCUUGUUAUGAUUUCCGUGGUAGUCCAUGCACAAAUUUGCUCAGGCAAUUUUAGGGAUUCCAGCCCCCCACAGGAGACUUACUCGGAAACGCGCCAGUGGACUUUUCAGACUGUGGACAUUUAAAGGCGUGUUCUGAAGUGGGCCUUGGCUACGUGAUUCUUUGUAGUCGUAUUCAUGUAUAUGGGAGCAUAUGAUUACGAGCUGUUGUGUAUGGAUUUAGAUCAGUUAAGGUUUUGUCGCGUAUUUUGAUCAUUUAGUGUUUUCAGUAUGCAAGAUUUAACGUCCGAUAAUCGAGAUAUUAUUACUUUGUAACAAUCACGUAAUGCUAAUUAUAGUGUAUAAAGAAGUUCUGUCUUGUGUUCCUAUUUGAAAUGAAUAAAUUAUGCGGUAUGAGGUACGAAGUAGUACAUAACUCACUAUACCACGUGUCACAAGACCUUCGUUACACCACCUGACGAAGUCCAGGUAUUCCAUACAUACGAUCUCGGGAUAAAUUAAUUGGCAUUGAAGAGUGUGUAUAUUGUAAAUGCAGAAAGUACUUAGCAUAAAGCAGGCCUUUUAUUAUACUUUAGUAAUGACAUUCUCUGCUUCAGAUAUGUUACUGUACUUAUGCAUUGGUAAGUGAGUUGCUAUCCUUACCAGGUUCCAAGCGAACAUGUGUGGUAUAUGGGCAGUGUUUGGUAGCAGUAGUGAUAUUUUUAUACAUUGCAAGGCGGCAUUCAAAAUAGCUCAUCGUGGACCCGAUGCUUUUAGAUUAGAAAGCAUUUACCAAUUCCCAUCCUGUUGCCUUGGAUUUCAUCGUCUUGCUAUACUUGACGCUCAACAUGGGAUGCAGCCAAUGCGAGUGUCUCAGCAUCCUCACGUUUGGCUUAUCUACAACGGAGAGAUAUACAAUCAUCUACAGCUAAGGGAGCAGUUUGGCUUCCAAUAUGACACUCACUGUGAUGGGGAGUCAAUCAUUCACCUAUACGCUAGAGGCGGGAUUGAGUUUGCAGCCAAACAUAUGGACGGGGUUUUCGCCUUCUGUCUUCUGGACACGGCCAGUAGAAAGGUCUACCUCGGCAGGGACACAUUUGGGGUCAAGCCGCUAUUUCGUAUCAUUAUGGAGGAUGGCUUUUUAUCAGUAUGCUCUGAGGUCAAAGGUUUGAUGGACAUCGCAAGAUAUCAAUCGAACGUCAAGAUUCAGGAUGUUUUGCCUGGUCACGUGGAGACAUAUAGUCUCAAUAUGAAAGGUCAAGCUUCAUUUGAGAACAUGAAACAAUUCCAUCAUAUAGGUGCCACUCCGUCAUACACAACUGCCGCAACUCCAAAAGGUGACGAUAUUAUGGCCAAUAUUCGGACUCUUUUAGAAAGCGCUGUUAGCAAAAGACUGAUGACGGAACGUCGUAUUGGAUGCCUGCUAUCUGGUGGUUUGGACUCCAGCUUGAUCACUGCGUUGUUAGUAAAAUUGGCAAGAGAACGUGAUCUCGCUUACCCGAUACAGACCUUCUCUAUCGGCAUGUACGGCAGCCCCGACCUAGCUGCUGCUAAGGUGGUGGCCAAACACUUGGGAACGGAGCAUCAUGAGAUUGUGUUUACACCCGAGGAGGCGAUCUCAACCAUUGAAGACGUCAUUUACUACUUAGAGAGCUAUGACGCACUGACUAUUCGAGGAGCCGUUGGCAUGUACCUGAUGUGCAAUACGUGAAAGAAAAUACGGAUACGACGGUUAUGUUGUCUGGGGAGGGAUCAGACGAAAUCACUCAAGGAUACAGCUACUUUCACAAAGCGCCCUCUG